AUGUUCACUGGUAACGGAAUCAAAAUAUUCACUGGCACCAGCCAUGCUGAGCUCGCAGAGAUCAUAACCCGCCGCCUCGGGGUUCCUCUCGGCAAGGCUGAGGUGACGAAGAGCGGCAUCGGUGAGACGAGCGUCCGCAUCGCCGAGUCCGUCCGGGAGGACGACGUGUACAUUAUCAACACCGGCUGUGGGCAGGUGAACACCGCCCUUAUGGAGAUGUGCAUUAUGGUGCACGCCUGCAAGAUUGCGAGCGCGAAGCGGAUCACCGCGAUCCUGCCGCUCUUCCCCUAUGCGAGGCAGGACAAGAAGGACAAGAGCCGUGCGCCGAUCACCGCAAAGCUGGUCGCGAAUAUGCUGCAGAAAUCGGGCUGCGACCAUGUCAUCGUGAGUGGGCUCGCCGCUGCUGUUGCUGUUGUGCGCACCUCUUAUGCUCUGAUCCGUGCCGAUCACUGCUGGCGUUCUGCCAGACGAUGGACCUGCACGCGUCGCAAAUCCAGGGAUUCUUUGACGUUCCCGUGGACAAGUACGUCUCUCCGACGUUGCGCUGCUGCACUUAACUCACGAACAUCGUUGGGCAGUCUUUACGCAGAGCCGUCGGCGAUACAAUACAUCCGAACGAACUUUGACCUCGCGCACAUCGUUAUCGUAUCACCUGAUGCUGGAGGGGCUAAACGAGCGACAUCAAUAGCAGACCGGCUUGGCGUCGACUUUGCGCUGUUUCACAAGGAAAGAAAGAAGGCGAACGAAGUGUCGCGAAUGGUGCUAGUCGGACGCGUGAAGGGCAAGAUUGCUAUUUUGGUGGACGACAUGGCGGACACGUGCGGGACACUCUGCCUCGCGGCGUCACACCUGUCUGAGGCGGGCGCGUCGAAAGUGUAUGGGCUGGUUACGCAUGGGAUUCUGAGCGGCAAGGCGUUGACGACGGUGGAAGAGAGCAAGCUGGAGAAGCUGAUUGUGACGAACACGCUGCCGCAGCAAGAAAACAUGGAGAAGUGCACGAAGAUUGAGGUGAUUGACAUUGGGAAUGUGCUUGCCGAGGUGAUUAGGCGAAGUCACUACGGGGAGAGCGUAUCCAAGCUGUUUGACGAGGUGCCAUACUAG